AUGUACACAUUUACUUUCACAGCUAAUUGGGGCACCAACCGUCAGGUAAAAUACGUUGCUGAUGAAGGUGGUUUCCGUGCCUGGAUUUCAACAAACGAAGCUGGAACCGAUAACCAGAACCCCGCUGAUGUUGAAAUCAACUCUCAGGCUGCCGCUCCUGCUCCUGCUGCUGCUAUCCGUCCCGUUGUAAAAAAGGUGGUUGCUGCUCCAGCUUAUGCUUCCCUUCCAGUUGUCCCCAAGGUUGCCGUAGCUGCUCCCGUUCUUAAGGCACGACUUCCUCUGUCUUAUCCUAGUAAAUAUUACCAAGGCUGGCAGUAA